AUGUCAACAACCGACACCACCCCCUCCACCAACGACAUCACAAUCCCUCUACCAACAUCUCUUACCUCGACAAGCAGCACCCUCCCUAGCAGCACCAGCCAAGCCCUAAUCGCCCACCUACGCAACCAAGGCGCGAUCCCCGAGCUCUCGACCCUCCUAGCCGACAGUCUCGCACGGAGCGGCUGGACCGACCGAGUCCGGGCGCUCAGCGCGGAGCUCCUGCGCAAUGGCUCCUGCGACACAUUUCCAGAACUGAUGACGGAAGUACUGCGGCGGGCACGCAUCUCAAAGUCACAGGCCGCAGGAGACAAGCAGAUCGAGACGUCGGGUACGGGGAAAGACAAGGACAAGGGCAGCGACAAGAAAGGCGCGAACGGCAUCAGCACGCCCACUGGCGUGGCGAUCAACGGUGUCAACGGCAAUGGUGCUAUCCCCGUCAGUAAAGAGUGGUCGGGCGGACCCGAUGGCCUGCCGGACGUGAGGAUCCCGGAGACAACGGUCGAGGUCGCCGUCGAGUUUCUCAAGGACCGCAUCAAGGAUGUCGUCCAGCCGAUUGACGAUGACAGUGAUUGA